GUUAUUUCUGAUGUUGAAGAAGAUGCCGGGGAACUGAGCAGAGAGAGUAUAUGGGAUCUUUCCUGUGAAACUGCGAGAGAGCAGCUUACAAACAGCAUCAGAAAACAGUGGAGAAUUUUGAAAAGUCAUGUAGAAAAACUUGAUAACCAAGUUUCAAAGGUACACUUAGAAGGUUUUAAUGAUGAAGAUGUAAUCUCAAGACAAGACCAUGAACAAGAAACUGAAAAACUCGAGUUAGAAAUUCAGCAAUGUAAAGAAAUGAUUAAAACUCAGCAACAACUUUUACAGCAGCAGCUUGCUACUGCAUGUGAUGAUGAUACCACUUCACUAUUACGAGACUGUUAUUUGUUGGAAGAAAAGGAACGCCUCAAAGAAGAAUGGUCUCUAUUUAAAGAACAAAGAAAGAAUUUUGAGAGAGAAAGGAGAAGCUUUACAGAAGCUGCUAUUCGCCUAGGAUUGGAGAGAAAGGCAUUUGAAGAAGAAAGAGCCAGUUGGUUAAAGCAACAGUUUUUAAAUAUGACUACCUUUGACCACCAGAACUCAGAAAAUAUGAAACUUUUCAGUGCCUUCUCAGGAAAUUCUGAUCUGGACAAUCUUCUGGUGCACUCGAGGCAACGGCAAAAGAAGCCUCAUAGUGUGUCUAAUGGGUCUCCAGUUUGCACAGCUAAACUCACUAAGUCUCUUCCUGCUUCACCCUCAACUUCAGACUUUUGCCAGACACGUUCCUGUGUAUCUGAACAUAGUUCAGUCAAUGUACUGAAUAUAACUCCUGAAGAAACUAAACCAAAUCAGGUUGGAAGAGAAUGUACAAAUCAGAAGUAGAGCAUUUCAUCAGGACCUGGACCACAGGAAGGUUGCUGUAGUGGAUGCUCCUUGACCUACACAAAUUCUCAUGUAGAAAAAGAUGACUUACCUUAGACGUGUGGACUGGAAGUUUUUUCAUUAACAUGUUCAUCAAAUUUCACAUCUCAGUUGAAACAGGGUGCAUCAUAAAGUCAGUCAUCUCUAAUAAUUGAAGUUGGUCUGAGUUGUUUGGAUUUCCCUGUCUUCCCCUCAAGGAGCUGAAAUGUUAAAUCUAUUUAAAAGGAUAUAAAAGCUUUGGAUAUGUAUUUUUAGUAACAGAAGCAUCUGGUUCUGUGAAUGAAGGAAUGUAUAGAUAUUUGGAUGGAAACAAAAGCACUAGAAAGAGUUUCCUCUUAUAGGUAUUAAAAAUAGCACUUUUAGGAAACCGAUUAUUGUAAAUGUUUAAUUUUUGUCUCAAAUAUAGUUGGCAUUGGAAGUUUAGCCUUUACUUGAAUGUAUACUGUAGAUUUUUAACAAAACAAGUUCUAUAUUUAUUAUGUUUAGUGUGAUUUGAAAUUACCUCUUUCAUAUGUUUUAAAUAAAGUGAAAUUUAUGUAUGUUUUGUACAUAGAUAUAUAUGAUUAUGUUAAGAGGCUUUAAGAUUAAAAAAUUUCGCACAACCUUAGGUAUAGUGUUUCAUGCCAAUAAAAUUACUUUAGUGGUAUUCUGUUUACAAAUGUAUUGGGACCAUUGCCACAUUACAUUUAAGAAUAUUUUUAAUCCAUCUGGGCAAUAAAUAUUCAAAGCUGU